AAAUUUUUUUUUAACAGGUCCAUUUGUUUUAAGAGUUGAAAAUGGUUAAAGAAGGCCGUAAUGCUGUUCCAAAGCAUCCUUCUAAUGGAUGGAUAUAUUUCUUCCAAGAACAGUCGAAGAUGACUAAGAAGAGCUCAUCAAAACGAAUGUCAAUGAGUGAAAUUCGUGCAAAGUGGAAAGCUUUAGGAGACAAAGCUAAACAAAAGUACAUUGAAAAGGCUAAGCUAAGUUCCGAAGUGUACAAAGAGCAAAAGGUUAAGGUUGAUCCUCAAGAAGAUUCAAAGGAAACCUUUACUACAAGAACUCAACUUAAGACGGCAUGUGAUAUUAUACGCAAUCUUGAAUCGCAACAAGUGGAGAGUGUAAAGGCAAUGGGAUUUGGAGGUCUUUUGCGUUUGAAAUGUACUAGGCUGGAUAGAAAACUUUGUGAGCAGUUGGUUAGUAAAUUUGAUCCCGUAUCACUUUGUUUAUAUGUGCAUGGUAAGAGUCCCAUAAUUACACCAUUAGAUGUGCACCACAUACUGGGAUUGCCAUGUGAAGGUAAAAGGGUGAUCCUUAAAGGAAACCUUUCUGAAAUACUUCCCUUGUGUGAGACACAUUGUGUGGGUGCUCAAAGUUCAAUUUCGUUGCGUCAUUUGGAAAACUAUGUAAGGAACACGAAAGACAACGAUGAUAAUUUCAAGGUUGCAUUUGUAUUGUUCAUUAUGGGGGCUGUUCUCUGUCCAACGUCGGAAUUGGGAGUCAAUCGACGUUUUCUACAUGCAGUAAAGGACGUGUCUUCUAUUAGUGAAUUAAAUUGGAGCCAAUUUGUGCUUGACUUUUUAGCCAAAGGCAUACAAAAAUACCAGGAUGGACGAAAAGUGAUCCGUGGCUGUAUACUAUUUCUAAUGUUGUUCUAUUUUGAACAUUGCACGCCGGCCAUAGAUUUCAUUUCUCCUUGUGCAUGUCGGCCUUCACCUCGUCUCGUACAAUGGGGAGAUAAAGAGAUUAGGGACAGGAUACGCUGGCUUGAUCAAAGCAGUUCUGGAAAGCUCAAAAUCAUUGUCGAGGAUGGAGUUGGCAAGAGAGGGAGUGCCGUAGAUCAAGGAAAGGAGAUUGGCCAAAAUAUACCGAUGGAGAGAUUUCAAGGGAUAGAAGAACUAAACAGUAUUUUAAAGAAACUGGCGAGUAUAAUGGAAACAAUGGAUGUAGGGGGGAAGAAAACUAAUGAGAAUUCAUUGGCGGCUAAAGUAAACAUGGACAUGAAAGGCACUCCUUCACCCGUUGUCAAUGAGAAAAAAGGCAAGAAAGAGCUUUCAUUUGAUAGUUCGAUAUCUCCUUUGACAAAUAAGGAAAAAGACAAGAAAGAACAAUCUUCGGGUCAUUUGACAUCUCCUUUGAAGGCAAACCAAGAAGAAAAUACUAAAAAGCCAUCAUUGAGUCAUUUGACUUCUCCUUUGAAGACAAACAAGGAACAAGACAUGAAGGAACCUAAAAUUAAGCCUUCAUCAAAGAGAUUAAGAAAGAUGGCCACUAAUAUUGGUGAUAUCAUGUCUUCAACGGCUCCUCCAACUAUUGGCAUGAACAAGAGGCAAAAGAAAUGCCAACAAGAAAUACCUAGGACUACGUUGAAGGGAUCUCAACCCGUGAAGAAAAAUGCCAACAAGAAGCCUGCUAUGGAAUGCCAACAAGAAAUGGCAAGGACUGGGUUGAAGGAAUCUCAACCCGAGAAGAAAAAUGCCAAUGAGAAACCUCCUAUAGGGAUGGUACAAGAGUUGAUCCUAAGAUUUGUCUUUGACACAACGUUAUCUGUAAGAGACCAACUUUGUAACUUUGGAAUAAGCUAUGCAACUCGCUCAGAUUUUAUGUCAUUACGGAAGAAUGGAUGGGUUGUGGGUGAGAUCAUAAAUGCAGUUGCUUUGCGGAAAACUUUAAUACAAAGUAAGAGAGACCCGGAUGCAUUAUGGCCAUCAUGGUACUUGCCCACUUAUUUAGCGAGUUAUGCUCUCAAUGGUGGUAUUAAUUCCCGCACUUGGGUAAAGUAUUAUGGUGGAUCUAGUCGAUACACAGGAAUACUCGAAUCGAUGGAACGGGUGUACAUCCCAAUCAAUGAAAACAACAUUCAUUGGUUUAUGUGUGUUGUAAACUUCAAACAUGCAAAUGUGUAUGUACUUGAUUCAUUACCUUCUCUGAGCAAACCCAAAGUACAAAACGAGAAGGUCCUGCGUGUGCUUGAAUAUUUGGAUGAUGUAAUUCAACACUUGGGGAAUAAUGGAUGUGUCAUGAAAGCCCAUAAGCUACCAAUUAAAAGACUGAAAUGGCUUCCAGUUCAAGAACCAGGUAGCGAUGAUUGUGGUGUGCACACUGCCAAGUACUUUGAUUUGGAGCAAUUUAAUGAGGAAGAAGCCGUUAAGUUGAGAUUCAAUUCUGAAGAGGGUAGGAACAACUUGAUUUUGGACUUGAUCCUUUGUGGCGAGAACGUAAUCAGGAAUGAAGUCAUCCGAAAGGCUCAAGAAAAAUACCGCAACACUAGAAGGAUAAUAUGAUACCAAUUGUAGUUUUUUUACGAUAAUGUAGCUAAAAUUCAGUUAUGGAGACUAACAAUGAUAUGGCAAAUGCUGCCUUUU